CCAGAAUCAAUUUUGCAGCAAGAAAAAAAUGAUGUUUGUUGUGUGUGAGAUGCAAAUUUUCUUUGCAUCGCUAUCCUGUAUUAUUGUAUGCUUGACAUAACGACUAUCGAAUGAAUCCCAUGGUUCUGUUCUGUUCCGGCUUGCUGUCUUUUUAUUUUUACUUUUAUUUAUUUCUAUUUCUAUUUCUAUUUCUAUUAACUCAAUUCUGCCAAAUAAAAGAUUGUAAAUUCCCUAAACUUUUCUUUUUUAUUUUAAUUACAGAAAAUUGAAAAUUCAAACUAAAUUACUGCUUUCUCGCAUACUCGUUUACAAAUUCAUGGCAGGCUUUUCAGGGCUAUUUCGCCUAAACCGGCGCUGGACAUGGUCUUCCAAAAAAGGGGACGCUGUGCGCCCGUCAGCAGCGCAGUACCUUCCAUCCCGCAUAAUCCAGCGCAUUGCACACUAUAUGGCCAUAGCCGAGAACAGCUACACGGGCGAGGACAGAAACAAAUACAACCAGGUGUCGCGGUCAUCCAGAGCUCUGGUCGGCGUGAGCAGAAGCUGGCGAGUGGCUGCAAUAAGCCUGUUCUACCGGCACUUUGUAUUGGACAUCAACUGCAGCGCCAUGUGGAUAUCACCAUCUCGCAGAAUGGUUCACAAGGACUGCAGCGGAAUCAGCGACAGUGUCAAGCACCUGGCCAAGAGCGUUUACUUGACGGCCCCAUUUGAUGGCGUGUUUAAUGGCCGAGUGUUGCAGGUGCUCAAUGGAAACAGCUACGCGGAUGCGGUGUUUCCUGAGGUAUCUGUACUGCGCCUGAAUUUUUACAGCGGCACAACAGUGCCUGUUCAGGAGACGGCGGGCUUUCACCUUCACAUUGAAGCAUUCUGCGCGUACAUUCGGAGGCUGUUUCCCAGGGCCACCGAGUACAGGUUCCAGGUGACCUCGUUCACAGAUACUGACGACAGCCAAAUGGUCGGCUGGCUACUCGGUGGGCUCAUCCAGAACAGUGGGUGCAGCGUUGCCGAGUACAUUCAUUCGUCCAUGGGCGUGCAGGUGAGCGGGCUUAUUGGUGUUGUUGGGCUGACGCACAUCAGCAUCCAGGACCGGGCGUGCAUGGAGGAUUGCAUAGAGCUUGUGCGCCGGAACGCCACAACUCUGGUGUCGGUCGACUUGGGCAUUUUUGACACGCUUGACUUUUUGCCGCGGCUGAUUACCGACGAUGAUGGGGAAACGAUUGUUUACCCCAAGCUGCUCAAACUGUUUAUACAUGUCAAUUUGCUCCCAAAGAGUCUGGACGCGAGCUUCCCGGCACUCAAGGAUUUGAGUUACACUACUGGAGGCCUACACAUUGCCAAUGUGCUUUCUUCGCCGUCUUAAAAUUUUUUUAACAGCAUGCACAUCAAAGACUUUGUAUUGUAUUGUAUUGUAUUGUAUUGAUUAUUAUUUUUAACUUGCUUAAUAUACGUGAAUAACAAAAAUUAAAA